AUGCCGAAACUUCUUGGUAUUGAUUGGAUUGACUUGAAUGCUUCAUGGGAUCGCAAAAAGACCUACUUUGGAACGCUGUUCCAUUCGUUUAUUCUUUAUGGAUUAACCACGAUCAGCAUGAUGGUCCCUAUUUUUCUGAUUUGCACAUUUCAAUGGCACCUAGUGAUUUUGUACGGCGUUUGGUAUUUGAUUGAUCGGAAUUCGUCGAAGCGCAGCGCGUACACCAGCGAAUGGGUUCGUGGAUGGCGAGUUAAUAAAUGGUUCGCCGAUUAUUUCCCGAUGAGCAUUCAUAAGACUGCCGAACUAUCACCGGACCAUAACUACUUAUUCGCCUGCCAUCCACAUGGCAUAAUCUCGAUUGCCGUUUGGGUGAACUUCGCCACCAAUGGCACCAACACCAAAGAGUUGUUCCCCAAAUUAGUGUUCAACAUUUGCACGAUACCCUUCAAUUUUCUGUUCCCAAUUAAGCGUGAGCUUCUCCUACUAUUCGGCUUCAUUGAUAGCUCGCGUGAAGCGAUUCGGUACAAUCUGAAUGCGAAUCGGAAUAAGGGACGAGCGGUGUGCAUUGUGAUCGGCGGAGCCGAAGAAGCACUCGAUGCUCAUCCCGGAUGCCAUACGCUGACGCUCAAAUCGAGAAAGGGAUUCGUUCGCGAGGCGCUUAUCACUGGAGCGCACUUGGUGCCCGUCUACUCAUUUGGAGAAAACGAAAUCUUCGAGCAGCUGGCCAAUCCGAUCGGAUCUCGACUCCGCCAGUUCCAGGAGAAGGGCAAACGGCUUCUCAGCGUCUCCUCGCCGCUCUUCUACGGUCGUGGCGUGUUUCAAAGGGAUUUCGGCUAUCUUCCGUUCAGAAAGCCGAUCGACACUGUUGACUUGUUUUUUUUGGAAUUAAAUAUUGAAUAUCAGCGAAUUAUGCCGAAAUUUCUCGGAAUCGAUUGGGUCGACGUGAACGCGUCGCUGGAUCGCAAAAAAACCUACUUCGGCGUUCUGUUCCACUCAUUCAUCAUCUAUACAUUAUCGCUUUUGAGUAUUGCGGUACCGAUUUUUCUGAUUUGCACAUUCCAAUGGCUUCUUCUACUCCUCUACGGCGUUUGGUAUUAUGUUGAUCGGAAUUCGCCGAAAUGCGGCGGUUAUUCGAGCGAAUGGGUUCGUGGAUGGCGAGUUAAUAAAUGGUUCGCCGAUUAUUUCCCGAUGAGCAUUCAUAAGACUGCCGAACUAUCACCGGACCAUAACUACUUAUUCGGCUGCCAUCCACAUGGUAUCAUCGCGAUUGCGGUUUGGGGAAAUUUCGCCACCAAUGGCACCAACACCAAAGAGCUUUUUCCAUACAUCAAUUUUAACGUGUGCACUCUUCCCCUCAAUUUCGCGUUUCCCGUGAGGCGCGAAUUUCUGCUUCUGUGCGGCUGUAUUGACAGCUCGCGCGAGUCGAUUCGCUACACACUCGACUCGAAUCGCAAUAAGGGACGAGCGGUGUGCAUUGUGAUCGGCGGAGCCGAAGAAGCACUCGAUGCUCAUCCCGGAUGUCAUACGCUGACGCUUAAAUCGAGAAAGGGAUUCGUUCGCGAGGCGCUUAUCACUGGAGCGCACUUGGUGCCCGUCUACUCAUUUGGAGAAAACGAAAUCUUCGAGCAGCUGGCCAAUCCAAUCGGCUCGCGAAUCCGCCAACUACAGGAGAUGGGCAAGCGGUUUUUCAGCGUCUCGCAGCCGCUCUUCUACGGUCGUGGCGUGUUUCAAAGGGAUUUCGGCUAUCUUCCGUUCAGAAAGCCGAUCGACACUGUUGUCGGAGCGCCGAUUCCAGUGGAGAAAGUCGAGAAUCCAACGCGCGAGCAGAUCGACGAACUCCAUCAGCUGUAUAUUCAAAAGCUCACCGAGCUCUUCAAUGAGCACAAGACCAAAUAUGGCGUCGACAAGGACGUCGAAUUAAUUCUUCAGUAA